GUUGCACUUCACUUUUCGUUUGGGUGUUUGUUCUUCAGAGGGAUGAAUGUGAGCAGGUUUCGGUCGCAAGCGGCCAUGUGUCAUUUAGAUCUUAUGAACAUAAAAUACUAACAAGAUGGAGAAGAAAUUAGAUUUGUCAUGCCCAAGAGAUUCAAAUGAAAUACACUUUCGAAGCAUUUAUUCUAUUUCAGUAUGGCAGGUUUGGAUUAUUCUAAAUAGGGAUUAUUUUUUGUUUCAAAAAGUCUUGAUGUACACCCUGGGGUACACCAUAUAUAAGACUUUUUUUUACUAUUUUCUUUACCCCUCCCUUCUAUCGCACAACCCUCUCCUCCCCAACAUUCACGCACAUUUUUUCUCUCCCCAUCUGUUCGUUCUCUUCUUCCCGCGGCGGACGAUAUUUUGUAAUUUUUUUCUUCCAGAUAUUAUGGAUGACUUGAUGGUGGAUGGAGAAGUAACCGGAAACAACGGAGGUGUGGAAGAUACCUACCUGCGACGGACGACGGUUGACGAAAAUGGAAGAAACGCAAAAACUCUGAACAUGGAAAAUGGGGGAGCUGUGAACGAAGAAGAUGAAGUUGCGACGGAGAACGGAAAUGGUGGAGUUGUGAGCGACGAAGAUGGUGGUUUGAACAACGCUAGGGACGAAGGCUUCGGCGGGACGGGUGGCAGACCUGUCACACAAGGCGUCAAUGAAGUUCCGACAUUUGAUGGUCGGGAUGAUUACAGCUUUGAAGGGGAAGGGAAUAGGAGGGGGAAGACGACCACAUAUGUUGGAGGUAUAUUCUUCGACAUACACAGACAGCUUACGUACUCAGUGUCGGUGUGUACCGACAACUAAUGUCUUUGUGUACAGAGUAGUGUCAGUAUGUAUAGACAACUGAAGAAAUCCUCAUUCAGUUAAUGUAUACCUACAAAGAUGUUGUAUCUAUGAAUGAGUUAAUGUAUCUAUGAAUGUUUUUAAUGUAUACGUACAAAGAUCUAUUUGAUGUAUGAAUGUUGUUAAUGUAUA